AUGAAAUUUUACACCAUCUAACCACCAUCGCACCCAACUAAACAAGAUGUUGUCCCACGCACUUUGGCGACCUCAACCGGCAACGGUUGCCAUUGCUGCGAGCACUUUUGCCACCGCUUCAACAUCCGACGAAAUGUUGCUGGUCGAUAACGAUAUCAUCGUAAGUCAAGCGUACUACUCCAAUUCGCCGCUCUUUGCCUUUGAUUCAUCCUCGUUGGGCGACCUCCAGCAGCUGCUGCAGAGCGAGGCAUUCAAGCAGAAUAUGUCACUGACACUGAAUAUCUCAACAGAGAACCUGACGGAUCUGCUAAAUACUGCACAACUCAAUCAGACCUGGGAGUUGCCGCAACAGCAGCUCCCCAUGUCCGCGUUGAUUACGCUCACCGUGUUCUAUGCCAUCAUUUUCGUUGCUGGUGUGCUGGGUAAUCUCAUCACAUGCAUUGUUAUAUCGCGGAAUAAAUUUAUGCACACCGCAACCAAUUUCUAUCUCUUCAACCUGGCGGUGUCGGAUUUGAUGUUGCUACUGUCAGGAGCACCUCAAGACGUUUACAGUUAUUGGUACCCGAAUGCCUUCCCAUUUGGCGAUGCAAUUUGCAUACUUGGUAGUGUUUUAGCGGAGACAGCCACCAAUGCGACCGUGCUAACAAUAACGGCAUUUACCGUUGAGCGCUACAUAGCGAUAUGUCAUCCUUUCCGACAGCACACCAUGUCGAAGCUCUCGCGCGCCAUCAAGUUCAUCUUCGCCAUUUGGGUGGCGGCGCUGCUGCUUGCACUGCCGCAGGCGAUGCAAUUCUCCGUCGUCUCUGAGCAAGGCGGCACCUCGUGCACGAUUGGCAAUCACUUUGUCGAGCAUGUUUUCGCCGUGUCGGGUUUUAUCUUCUUUGGCGGUCCCAUGACGGCGAUUUGUGUUCUCUACGUACUGAUUGGCAUAAAAUUGAAGCGAAGUCGCUUGCUACAGGCAGUGCCGAGACGUAGUCUGGAUGUGCAUCGUGGGAUCAGCGCACAAAGUCGUGUGAUCAGAAUGUUGGUUGCCGUCGCCGUGGCCUUCUUCCUUUGCUGGGCGCCCUUCCACGCACAACGCCUGAUGGCUGUGUAUGGCAGCAGCGCGAACAUUGAAUCGCAACUGUUCAAAGAUGUUUUCGAAGCUGUCGACCUCACAUCCGGUGUGCUGUAUUACCUAUCGACCUGCAUCAAUCCGUUGCUGUACAACAUCAUGAGUCACAAAUUUCGUGAUGCUUUCAAGGUAACUUUAGCACGUCAAUUUGGAUUUCCCGGCCGCUCUCAGAGUCAAAGCCACAACUACAGCGCCCUGUUGCGACAGAAUGGUUCCAUGCGUCUACAUACAACGGUGAAUAACAAUGCUCUCGAUCACUACCACUCUUACCGAGUUAUGCAAUUACAUUGUCGUGACCAAAGACAUCAUCUCUCUCUGCAGGACAGCAUCCGAACAACAACAACGACGACAACAAUCAACAGCAGCGGCGGAAUGGGUGGCAACAGCGUUAGUCGUCAUUCAUCGCAUCGUUCACGUUAUACCUCCCUUGGCUCGCAGUCCCCGCUAACAACAACACUCACCAAACGCGAUGAAAUCGUCGCAAAUCAAAUAAAUGGCAUUACUGCAGCAACCGCAGCCAAGCAACAACAACAACAACAACAGCAGAAGCAACACCAUCACAUGCUACAAACUCAACUAUCGCAACGCUCCAAUGGCACCGAUAGCAAUAUUCUGCUCGACAUGGAGUUGGGCACAGCGCAUAACUUUUGUCACGGCCAUCCGCAGUCUUCAGCCAUAAAUUGCAAUCGGAGUGACAAUUUGCGACGCUCCGUCAUUAGCAAUAGUAUGGUGCAUGCAGCGCGUAAUGCGCGACCACUCGGCGAUGAUCGCAUGUCGAUUAACUCGCAAGAGUGGGAUAGUGGCGCCAGUCAAUAUGAGCUGGGCGACACACUGUGUUUGGGUGAACUUGAAUCUGAGCUGGCUAGGCCCGAUACACCGAAUAGUCUGACAAUGGCGCGUAUGGCUGGUGCUCAAUUAGCGCCCACCAUACAGCCGGUGAACUCCAUAGCGGAAUUGGACGUGCAUGGACCGGCACGUACACGGCUCAAACUUUCACGAAUAAUCAGUCGACGUGACCAAGACACAUUGUUGGCCAAGUCGAUGCCGCGCGCCGAACUAAUGCGCAGCUCCGCUAAUAUGCCUAAUGUGCCUGGCUCACCGUUUACGACCUACGAAAAUGAUAAGAAAAAGCAGGCGCGUAACACAAAUGGCGGACGUCCACAUAAAACCUUUGACGCACUCACCGGCAUUUUUCAUUGGCCUGCUCGUAAAAAGCAGCUGAAUGGACGGCAUGUUGGCGGUGUUGGGGGUGUGCCGGCUGCAGUUGGCAGUAGUGGGUCGCGACAGAACAGCAUCUCCGCAACACAUACGCACACAAGCUCAACCGGUACGCCCACACCGCGUAUGGCACUCAUGCGCAGCAUAUCCUCCGCGUCGCCGACAAUGCUGGAGUCAACGCUCAAUGUCGAAAUGAUUGGCCAGAAGUUGUGAACGGCAUAGCCAGCAUGCACCCGCGCCCACGCACGCUCGUAGCGGCAUUACGCUGCAGCGCUUUGUUCUACACGCGAAAGUUCAGUGAACAUGGCACUUGUCCGGUCAACGAGACCAGAUGGCGACAUGCAGUCAUCCAAAUCCACAUGUACAUGUGUAUAUAGUUGUCUCUUUACUCUCUUCUCACAUAUCCACAUGCAACGCUUCAACCUCAAACCCACACCAAGUGACACGUACAAAGUUCACAAAAAUAUAUGCGAACUGCCCCAUCUACAUUUCGUCGUCAUCUGCACAGUCACGUAAAGGAAAAGUGCGAGUUGCCUAAAUCAUCUAAGCAAUCUGUCGCAUCAGCGUGUUAGGCCACUUAUCUCCGCAAUUUGUUGUCACAUCUAACCGACCCAUUAACGACACGAAACACAUAUAUGUAUCGCCAGCCAUGUAUGUAUGUAGAUAUGUAUAUUAUACGUCUUGCCAUUGUAGAUUUGUAGUGUCUUGUCGCGUCGCUUCCAUGCGUCGCAUUUGCUUAAAUACAGCAGUAAAAUAAAUUGUAAGAAAUCCCUAGUCAGACAGUCGUAUCGCUACAAAUGCCAUAACAUUAACUAAAAGCACACCCAAACCCCGCUCGAAGUGCGACAUAUGUAAAUGACAAUCCUAAGCAACAGUGAAGAGCGAAAGUGAAAAACAUUUAACAUUCUCACAAGAUAAAUUGCGAUAUCAUACGAAGGCAUAAUAUAACAUAGCAGAAAAUAACAUAGCAGAACAUAACAUGGCACAAUGGCAGAAAUAAUGUUUUUGUUGUUCUGUAGAGCGUAAAAAAUGGACUGAAAUUUGUAUUAAAUUUAUAUUUUUCUACGAUUUUCAUUAACUCAGUGUUUUGAGAAUGCUUCGCCGGAAAUAUAGAGACACAAGAGUUGCCUCAAACUGUUCAGCAAUCUUUAUUGCUAUAUAGCACUAAUAUGUCUAGCUUAGUUUAACCUUUAUCAAACUGCUUAAGAUAUCUCUAAAUUGAGUUAACAGAGAUUUUCUGGAACCAUUAUAGUUUUGAUUAUAAAUCUCUUAUCAAAUUUGGGUGAAAAUAAAGAUAUCUCGAAUUGUGAAUGAAAAUAUGGAAAAAUCGGUAUUUCCAAUGUAUUUUCACUCUAAUAAUUUCGUAUUUGAUACACAAUUAUAUUAGAACUAUACUAUUUUCGAGUUUUCAACAGUAUACGGACCAACUAUUUUUAGUAAGAAAAACCAAACAACAAAGGGUAUUGCUUUAAAAUAUCAUUGAUAUCAUAUCACUAUCGAAUAUUUUGGCAAUGUUUUAAGAAACUCGUUUUAUGAAAUCUUAUUAAAAUAAAUUUAUUCAAUGUAUGUAUAUCGAUAAAAAUUUCGAUAAUUUUAAAAAAUAUCGAUUGGAAAAAUGUAAGCUGUUUCGACGUUUAUCAAUAAAUUUUUCCGAUAACGUUGCAAAUUAUCGAUUGAUUAAAUGUAAUAUCGAUAUAUAUGCCGAUAAGUUAAAAAAUUUCGAUUGAUGAAAUAUAUCGGAUAUCUACUAACUCGACGAGCGUCAUAUCAGAUAACGGAUCUCAUGGACUCUACUAUACUAUUAUAGUAUAAUUCCAAUAUUUUCA